GCGCAACGGCUCAUUGCCGCCCACGCUGACCCCGGCCGUGCCCCCCUAUGUGAAGCUCGGCCUCACGGUGGUCUACACCGUGUUCUACGCGCUGCUCUUCGUGUUCAUUUACGCGCAGCUCUGGCUGGUGCUGCGCUACCGUCACAAGCGGCUCAGCUACCAGAGCGUCUUCCUCUUCCUCUGCCUCUUCUGGGCCUCGCUGCGGACGGUCCUGUUCUCCUUCUACUUCAGAGACUUCGUGGCGGCCAACUCGCUGAGCCCCUUCGUCUUCUGGCUGCUCUACUGCUUCCCCGUGUGCCUGCAGUUCUUCACCCUCACGCUGAUGAACCUCUACUUCACGCAGGUGAUCUUCAAAGCCAAGUCUAAGUACUCUCCAGAAUUACUCAAAUACCGGUUGCCCCUCUACCUGGCCUCACUCUUCAUUAGUCUCGUUUUCCUGUUGGUGAAUUUAACCUGCGCUGUGCUGGUGAAGACUGGCAACUGGGAGAGGAAGGUCAUCGUCUCUGUGCGAGUAGCCAUCAAUGACACGCUCUUCGUGCUGUGUGCUGUGUCUCUCUCCAUCUGUCUCUACAAAAUCUCUAAGAUGUCCUUAGCCAACAUUUACCUGGAGUCGAAGGGCUCUUCCGUGUGUCAAGUCACUGCCAUUGGUGUUACCGUCAUCCUGCUUUACACCUCGCGAGCGUGCUAUAACCUGUUCAUCUUGUCGUUUUCUCAGAUUGAGAAUGUCCACUCCUUCGAUUACGACUGGUACAAUGUAUCUGACCAGGCAGAUUUGAAGAAUCAGCUGGGAGACGCUGGCUAUGUGGUGUUUGGAGUGGUGCUUUUCGUGUGGGAACUCUUACCCACCUCCUUGGUAGUUUACUUCUUCCGAGUUAGAAAUCCUGCAAAGGGUCUUACCAACCCUGGAAUGGUCCCCAGCCAUGGAUUCAAUCCCAGAUCGUAUUUCUUUGACAACCCCCGAAGAUAUGACAGUGACGAUGACCUUGCCUGGAACAUUGCCCCUCAGGGACUUCAGGGCAGUUUUGCUCCAGACUACUAUGACUGGGGACAACAAACUAACAGUUUCCCAGCACGAGGAGGAACUUCACAGCAAGACUCAACUUUGGAUCCUGACAAACCAAGCCACGGGUAGCAUCAGUUACACUUUAAUUGAAGAUUCCUUUGUUGAAAAUCUACAGAAAGACAAUGAUAGCUGAGUUUUUUUGGGGGGCACUUUUCCCCUAAGAAAUAGGACUUGAUUUUUAUUUUAGUUUUUUUCUAAUGGCUCAAUAGGACAAAGCAAUAAUUUAGAUUGAUAAAUUCUUAUUUUCAGUACUAAUAAGCGAGCCUGGCUAUUUCAUUGGGUAUAAUUUAAAGAAAAUCUGUACUUUUAUAAAAAUGUAUUUUAUAUAACUUAAAUAAUAAUGCUAAAGAAUACUAGGGUUUUUCCUUGAGAAUGUUAUGCAAUAUAUGUUGUAGUUUGCACAUCUUUUAUGCAUAAUUCACUUUAAAAGUACAGAAUACAUGGUUUAAGGCUUUUGAACUAAAGUCAUCCUUACCUCUGAAGGUCACUCGGAUUCCUCCACAUUAGUAGACUCCUAAAAUACAAUUUAUAUCCAGAAAGCCAAUUGUGACUGCAGUAUUAAAUUACAUGGAACAUCAUCAGCCUUUAAGGAAAAUGGCUCUUCAGAGUUUUCUAAAGAUCCAGAUGUUUGGUCUCAAUCUUAUAUUUUGCCAAAAGUCUGGUACUUCCUUUUAUCAGGACACCAAUGCAUGCACUUUGGUAAGAACAAGCUGAUUACAUUAACAAUGUAGCUGACUGACACUAUUAAACCACCUCUGCUUUAUUCAUAGUGAUUUUGCAUAUUUUUUUCAGCAAAAUGAAAUUGAAUAUCCAUUACUUCAGGAGUGUAGCCAGAUUCUACCUUCCCUAACUCAGCAAACAUCCACUUCUCAAGAAGAAACCAUGAGGUUCCCAAGAAGGCGUUAAUAUGCCUUUAGGUUGAAAUUCUCUAGAAUUGAUAGUUUUUCUGUAAUAUCCAACCAUGUUUAAAAUGCCUCUUGAACAGCUCCACAAGCAGCUCAGCUGAAAGCUGAAGGUUUGACAUGGCAGUGGGGAGGGGGAUUGCUGAAAGAGCUCUCUAUGAAAUAUAUCCCAGACCAAAAGUGCCAUUGUAAAACCUCCAGACCUCCAUUGUAUAUACUCUUGAGCUACCUACAGGGAGGCUGAAUGCUCCGAUUUUCCACCCAGCACACCUCUGGUUCUAGAGGAAGUAUCAUUGCUGUAGAGAAAGGACUAUUCCAUUCUGCCUCACCUUAGAAGUUUCAUCUUAGGAUAGAAUGAAGGACAAGUGAGAAGGAUUUGUAAGGAUUGUAAGUUCUGUAGCUCCUACUUCCCACUCUGGUCUUCAGGAAUAACUGAUCUCUGGACAUUAACUUCACAUAAACAACUCUACUUUCUUAUUCUGAUGGUCUUUAAAAUUGGGAUCUCCAAAGUUCAAAUGAGUCAUGAUUGGGUUUUUCAGAAAACCUUUACCCUGCGUAAUCUCAGAACACAGUCUUUCUGUACAUGGAAUAAUCUGGGUCAACUAUUAUUUAAAAUACCAUUUAAAAUAGUUACUUGCCAGGGGAAAUUUUACACUGAAGCAAAGCCUGCACCAAUCAUUUAGGUUGCCUCAAAACAGUAUUAUACAUUGUUACUCUAAACAGUGUUAAGAAACCCCCACCGUGGUCACUUUCUUUUUCAUGUUUAAGGAGUUCAUAGUAUUAAGGCAAAGUGCAUAUAUACCCAGGAAAGAGAACUCUAGGAUCACAGGGAGACUCUUGUUUGCCUUUGGGCCACAUUGUCUCCCACUGUGCUGGGAGAAUUCAGGCAGAUGCACCAUAUAAGUCUUUGCUAUGUCCUGCAUCCUUCACUAUUUAGUCAGCCAAGGACAGGUGUAUUUUAAAGUGCAAUAUCAUAAAAUCACAUAAUUAUUGUACUUAUCCAACAGUACAUAAACACUGUUUAAUUAUCUUGUUACUAUCAGGAAAAGCAAAAUCCCAGCAUCAAGUAACAGAAGCCACAAUCCACUUUUAUGAUAGGUUGCUAAUAUUUACAUGAACUAUUUUUUGUUGGAAAAGAUAAUAUUUUAAGUGCCCGUUCUGCCCUCCUCCUUUUAAAAAAGUAAUGCUAAACUUUUAGGAAUGAUGUCAACCCACACUGGAAUAAACAACUGUCAGACUCACAUCCUCUCAUAGAACCAUGUACCCUACAAGCUGCAAGAUGCUGCAGGAACAUUGUAGAAAGGAAAAGCAAGUUUCCCAAGCUUCUGAAUUUACUUGCCCUGCAAGGUAUGGUAGCAAAACUGUUCUUUAUGUGGAAUUUUGAAUGCUAAGAGGGGAAGAGGAAUGAUUUCUGGUUCUAAAAUGCCCAAUGUUCCCUUGUUUUAAAGUAAAAUGAAAUUUAAAUCCUGAUAAUGUGCAAGUUAAAAGUGCCUGGAGAAGAGGUAGUACUACUGAAAAUUCUGUACCACCAUUGUAGUCCAAUGCAGCAUUAAAAAACUGCACGCAAAUGUUUCUGUGUGACUACUAAAGACAUAGCCACCUCUGCAAUGAAUCAUUCUACCUGCUCUGUGGAGGUAUUUUUCAUUGGCUUUGUUUCCAUUUUAUAUAAUUAAGGAGUUCUGCUUAGCUGGUGGCAUACAUCUGUAAUCCCAGUGACCUGAGAGGUUAAGGCAGAAAGACUGCCAAGUUUGAAGCCAGUCUCAGUAACCUGGCAAGACCCUGCCUCAAAAUAAAAAGGCUGGAGAUGUAACCUAAUGGUAAAACAUCCUUGGGCUUGAUCCCCAGUACCCACUCAUAAAAAAGUUCUGAUUAUUACAAUAUGCCUAUCCAUUACAUUUAGUUAUGCCAAUUCUCUCUUGAAUGUUACCACAUUUUUAAUACUGUGCUGGUCCCUCAGUCAUCUGUUUAGAUCAGGCAAACUCACUAGUCCCUCCCACAUUCAACCUUAACAAAACCUCAUAACUGGUCUUUGGGGUCCUUACUGUUGAGCCCACACUUAAUCCCUAUUACUCCAAGUAAGCAUUAACUCCAAAGAUUCAGAAGUGCUGUGAGAAAGAUUUUCAUUUACAUCUACAUACUGAUUACUACUAUAAAACUACUUUUCUUAAACUUUGUUGCUGGGGAUUAAACCCAGGGCCUCAGGCAUACUAGGCAAGUGCUCUACCACUAAACUUUUUAUUUUUUGGUGCUGGGGAUUGAACCCAGGGCCUUGUGCAUGCAAGCCAAGCGUACUACCAACUGAGCUAUAUCCUGAGCCCUGCUUCUAGUUUCCUAAUAGGUAAAUCUACAUUAGAACUAAAUAGGUCUUAAUAUUUUUUUUAAAAAUCCUUGCACUUUAGAUUGCUAUAUGAUAAUAUUAUACCCUGGUAUGGAGAAAUGUGAUACACAUUUAUACUUUUGAUCCGAUGUGAGAAUUUUAUUAAAAACGUUUCCAAUUGUGCAUAAACUACUUACAACUUAAAAGGUCCAGAUGGAGGAGCUGUUGGAAUGAUCAGGAUAAACAGUAAAGUUCUUCUCAAAGACUCUAUAUUAAUAAACCACUUCAAGUAAGGAAACCUGUUAAAAGGGACAGUGUGCAUAAGGGAAUGGGAUUCCAUGUCUAUAGAGUCAUUGUUUUGCUACACUGGUCUAUGAACUCAGGAGCAAUUGUAUGUUAACCCUAUUCUAGUCCCUCAUCAGGGACACAUGAAAAGCCCUAUCCAAAGCCCUGCUCAAAAUACCUAAUGUCUGCUGAAAACGUCCCUGUGCCCCAGCCCAGCUCUGUACCUGACUGCUGUAUCUUUGCCCCCGUCCUUCUGGGUCAGGACAUGGUGCUAUAUCCAUGCAGUGCUGCACAGGUCAAGUUACAGGUUCAAAGUCCUCAGAUGCAAAUCCAGUGACUCAACAGCUCCUGGCAUCUACUUGCUUUCUCCAGGUCUGGAUUCCCUACUACUUUCUAGUUCUUGAGCCAUGGCUGACCCCUGCUCUCUACUUUCCCUGACACCGACUUGGCAAUCAAUCCUUUAGUUUCAAAUCUGGUCUGUCCUUUUGGAGUUGGGUGCACUACCACUCAAAAUAUUAACUUUUUAAAAAAUUCACAAUAGACUUUCUGGCCCUGAUUUUAGCCUGGGCAGAGCUGGAGUUCAGAGGCUUUCUUCUCCUGAAAUGUGACCUCCAUCUCUCCAGUUUAUGACCCUCAAAGUCCUUCCUUUCCCUGUUUCUCCUUAUGGGCAUGACCUUUUGCUCAUUAGUCUCACCUGCCCCCCAGCAGUCCCUCUAGACCUUGUGCAGUCCUGAGGCCUGGUGUUCUUAGCGCCAUUUUAUAUCUUAAUGUCUUCUGUCUGGAUAAAUGAACACUGCUUUCUCAGGGCCAUUCAACCUAUGGAACUGAGUAGCCACAGAGUGCUUCUCCCUGGUAUAAUCACUAGCCCAGAAUCUGGACUUCAGGUUUACAGAGAUAAGAACUGUUAAGAGAAAUGUGCUGUAAAGGCCACAGGAAAAGGUACACAAUCCCAGAAUAUUGCCUGGUGAAGCCAACUUUGCCCUGAGGAGUGGUGUCAGGGAAGUGACUUUACCUGUGGAGCCUGAUGACAAUAUCAGGAAGAUACUAUAGAGUUCAUUCCACCCAGUACUACCAAUCAGAAUAGUUAGACACACUGGGGGAAAAUGGAGGGCAGGGCGGGAGAGACGGGAAGGAAUUAAAGACGACCAAGGUACAGAUAUUAAAAAAUACAGCCUGUAUAAUUAAACAGUGUCUGCUACAUUUACACACCAAUUAGAGAAACAGAGACAGAACCCAGGUAGAGCUAAAAGUGCAUAUGGGAUUUGAGAUAUGACAAGCAUAGUCUUCUCUAGAUGGGAUUCUAGGUUGGCAUUUGUCAUCUUCAGCUGACAUUAAUACUGAAAAGGUACCAAGAUAUAAACAGAAUAAUCCAGUUAGCUUACAGAAUAGUAAGUUACAUGGUGGCAGUGACAUCUGUUGCUUAUUCAUUGCUGUAUUUCUAGUUCCUAGAGGUGAGUGAAUACUCACCUCUUGUGGUUUUGGUAGAUUUUUUUUUUUUAAGGUGCCUUGUAUACUUGUAUCUAUUGCUUAUUGAUUUUAUAAGUUUAGUACUUAAGAGCUUUUCCUUCUUGUUUUACAUUGUGUAAUCAAAAUACUUGACAAAAAUUAACUUAGAGGAGGAAAACAACCUAGGGAAAAGAUGCUGAGCUCUGGGAAACAGGGAAGCGAGAGGGUGGGAGGCACAGAAAAGAUAAACCUACCUCAAGCACAACCAAGUGACACACUAGGUCCCGCCUUUCAGCAGUCUUUCAGCUUUCAGUGGAUGGAUUAAUCGCCUGAUGUGGACAGAUCCUUCAUGAUGUAAUCAUGUCCUAAAAGCAGCAUCUCUGAGGCUUGCUGAACUGGAGACCGUACUUUUAACACAUAAAAUUUGGACCUGGCACAUCCCCAAAAGCUCAACAAAAGGUAAUGAGGAUUUUAUAAGAUAAUCCUCAAAUCAUCCUUGGAGACUAAAUCCUACAAUAGAAGCACUAAGAUGAAAUUCUGUCCACAUGAGCACUAGUGUUGUGCCUCCAUCUGCCUUCACUUAUUUGGCAAAUGCAAUACUAAAAUAAUUAGCCUAGUAAUAAAAAAAAAAAAAAGAAAUCAAGAAAAAAGAUCUUUACCAGUAAGCAGUGACAAGUGCAACCCUUGAGA